AUGGAGCUCAUGAGCAUGAACAAGAGCAGUGGAGCUACUAAAGGAAAUGAAGUUACCUGGGCAGAUCUUUGUGCCCCCUUCCCCUUUUUCCAGGUUUAUCGCCAAUUCCUGCUACUAGAGAUAAGCGCUGAGACGGAAAAGGCAUUCUUGAAGUUCAAGGGCUUGGUAGAGUCCCGUAUUAGAGUGUUGGUGAAGAAUCUUGAGACUUGCUGCGGCCACAAGGUUCUGCCCCAACCCCAUCCUGUCAUGUUCCCGAGGGGGCCCUUAGGGGCUGAUGCCAUACCAGGCGAGGCUCCUACCUUCCUUGGAGCCUUCGUACUCGGCAUAACAUUCGACCAUAUUGCUACAGACGAUCUGGCGGCAUCGGCCGAAGUGAGCAAGGAGAUUAAGACGGCUUGUGAUGGCUUCGCAGAGCACAUCACUCAGGCGGCACUGUCAGAUGAAUGGGACUCCUUUAGAGGGCAGUUCAAGUAG